UGUUCACGGAAGAGGCUGUGCGUGUACCUGAAGGUUGAGUAAAGUGCAAUCGUUUACUCAACCGAGGAAAACUCCAGACGUCAGCACUCUCAUAUCAGAAGGAUGAUGCAGACAAGCAUUUAUGAAAACAUAAAACUAUAAGUGAAUGAAGAAUCCUAUUUAUCUCUUCAUAGCACAAAGGUGAGACAGGAGAUAACACAGCAGAGAAACAUGCCGUGCGGUGUGGUGAAGUCUUUUCUUAGGAGCAUAUCUCAGAGGAAGCCCCUGGAGCCAGACGGGGAGCAGUCAACGUUUAACCGAUGCCUGACCACUCUGGACCUGGUGGCCCUCGGUGUGGGGAGCACUUUGGGUGCCGGGGUCUACGUCUUAUCCGGAGAGGUGGCCAGAGACACAGCUGGACCCAGCAUCAUCAUAUCAUUCUUCAUAGCGGCUCUGGCAUCCAUAUUUGCGGGGUUAUGUUAUGCAGAGUUUGGGUCCCGGGUUCCUAAAACCGGCUCAGCAUACCUGUACAGUUAUGUGACUGUUGGGGAGCUGCUGGCUUUCAUCACCGGGUGGAAUCUGUUACUCUCCUACGUCAUAGGGACAUCUAGUGUUGCACUGGCAUGGAGUGGGACCUUUGAUGAUCUCAUUGGGGGCGUCAUAUCCAAAUUCUUUGAAGAAAAUGCACCCAUGGCCCUCACUGGCCUGGCUCCUUACCCGGAUGUGUUUGCUGCUGUUCUGGUGCUUCUUCUGUCAGGUGUUCUGGCUUUUGGAGUUAAAGAGUCAACAACAAUCAACAAGAUUUUCACAGUAAUCAACAUCCUAGUGCUGGUGUUUGUGACCAUCUCUGGAUUCAUCAAGGGUGACAUCAUCAACUGGUACAUCAGUGAGGAGGCUCUGAUUAACGCCACCGCAGAACUCAAAAACCUAAGCACCACUGCCAAUGUGACGAGUGUGUUUGGAGAAGGGGGAUUUUUCCCUUAUGGAUUUGGUGGAACACUGGCUGGAGCUGCAACGUGUUUCUAUGCCUUUGUUGGAUUUGACUGCAUCGCAACAACAGGUGAGGAGGUGAAGAACCCUCAGAAGUCUGUCCCUAUUGGUAUUGUGGCCUCUCUUCUGAUCUGUUUCGUGGCCUACUUUGCUGUGUCUGCUGCUCUCACAUUGAUGAUGCCAUACUACAUGCUCAGUGAAAAAAGCCCCCUACCAGUGGCAUUUGAAUAUGUGGGCUGGGGUCCUGCCAGAUAUGUUGUGGCUGUUGGAUCUCUGUGUGCUCUGUCCACCAGCUUGCUGGGUUCAAUGUUCCCAAUGCCCCGAGUGUUGUUCGCCAUGGCAAGAGAUGGCCUGCUUUUCACACCCCUGACCAAAGUCACCGCCAAGGGCAGUCCUGCUAUAGCUACCAUUUCAUCAGGAGUCGUUGCGGCCAUCAUGGCUCUGCUGUUUGACCUGGAAGCUUUGGUGGAAAUGAUGUCCAUCGGGACUUUGUUUGCUUACACACUUGUUGCCAUAUGCAUCUUAAUACUCAGGUACCAAGAGAGUCCAUCUGAUUCAGAGUGCGACCUGAAGAUCGCAGAAUCAAAGAAGUUCAACAUCCUGAAGCCUCCUUCCUCGAAUUCAUCCACCUCAAAAACAGUCACACUUUUGACUGUUUUCUCAGUUGCAUGUGUGGUUGCACUGUGUGUCACCCUGACCCAAGCCUUAGACGCUCUGUCUCGUUUGGAAGGAUGGAGUGUGGCCAUCGUCUGCAUCCUCGCGCUCAUCCUGCUGGUCAACACUUUGAUCAUCUGGAGGCACCCACAAAAUCCAACAAAGGCUACUUUUAUGGUGCCCUUACUCCCUGCAUUGCCUUUAGUUAGCACAUUCAUCAAUGUAUACCUGAUGGUCCAGUUAGGAGCAGACACAUGGUUACGAUAUGCUAUUUGGAUGUCAGUGGGGUUAUUAAUCUAUUUCGGCUACGGUCUACGUCACAGCGUCCAGAGGAAGCGUAUCAGGGCCGGCCACAUGAACACUGAAACUGUCAGCGAAAAAACAGACACCAUGGUCAUUAAAGAGGAAAGAUUCUGAGCUCUGAAAAAGAUUGAGAUGUUACAGUGAGAUACAGCUUUAAGUGUUUAACUACUGUUUGAAAUGUACCAGUGCUGACAUGCUCACCUGUUCCGUGAUGAAUCGGAAAAACAUGGACACAUGGGCCACUUUCUCAGCUUUUGUUCCACAUUGACACUUUAUGACACGUUGAUGGACUUUAUAUCUUUUCUACCUAUUCUUACUGCAAACAUUGAAAUGAUAGUAGACGUAUUUUGUACCUGUUCCUGUGAUGCUGUCCUGGAGCCUUAAAAUCUUCUAUCAGAGCACUUGGUAUCACCUGUAUUAAAGGGCUCAGACUCUUUCCUGUUGAUAACUGUUUUAUGACAUCUCAAUGACAAGUAUAAGAUUUGAAUAUCCAUUGUAAAAUGAGGAAUUAUUGUAAUUUUGUACAAUUCUAACAAAGUGUGAUUAUGAUAACAACAGUUGUUUUUUCUAUAUGUCAAAAUAUAGAGUUUAGUAUUUACAGUGUAGAUAGAGAAAUGUCAUACUUUGCUCUGUUUUAACUUGUACUUUGUUAAUAAGAUGUUGGAUCAAUGUAAAUAAAGAGACUGUACAUGUUUUCUAAUUAUAUACUGUAUAUUGUAAAUAUUUUCCUUAACUAAAAAGCCUACUACUUUCUG